AUGAUUUCGGCUUCUAGGCGUCUGACCAAGUUCUCCGCCGGCGUGCUCGUGCGCGGCUUUGCGACCUAUGUGGCCCGCCAGCGUGUCAACAAAAUCUACCCCAGUGCGGCCGAGGCUGUCAAGGUUGUCAAGUCUGGCGACACGAUUCUGUCUGGUGGCUUUGGACUCUGCGGUAUUCCCAACACCCUCAUCAAGGCCAUUGCCGCCCGCGGCAGGGACGAGGUAAACAACCUUACCAUCGCUGGCAACAAUGCCGGUGUCGAGGAGAAGGGCCUCGGUGCGAUUAUCAAGGAGGGCCAGGUCAAGAAGAUGAUUGUCAGCCACAUUGGCGCUACCAAGCUUCUUGAGAACAUGUACCUCCGCGGCGAGAUCGAGGUCGAGCUCACUCCCCAAGGCACGAUCGCCGAGCGUAUCCGUGCCGCUGGUGCUGGUAUCCCCGCCUUCCUCACCCCUACUGGCGUGGCCACGUCGAUCGAGAACCCCACCGUCCCGAUCCGCAACGAGACCGCCGAUGGCCAGCCUGCCAAGUUUGCCGAGCCCCGCAAGGUCGUCGAGAUGAACGGCCGAAAGUACCUUGUUGAGGAGGCUCUUCCCGGUGAUAUCGCCCUCAUUCAUGCCCUAAAGGUCGACGAGGCUGGUAACACAGUGUUCCGAUACACUGCUACCAACUUCAACGUCCCCAUGGCCAAGGGCGCCAAGCUGACCAUUGUGGAGGCCGAAGAGAUUGUGCCCACUGGUAGCAUCGACCCGUCGCAGAUCCACCUUCCAGGUAUCUACGUCGAUCGCAUCGUCAAGGCGCCGCGCAACACCGACAUUGAGUCGCUCGUCCUCGCCCAGCCGGACGGGCACGCCGACGAGGCCGCGCUCGGCAAGGGUGCCGCCGCUGCUGCCCGCACCAACAUUGUCAAGCGGGCCGCCCAGGAGCUCAAGGAUGGGUACUAUGUCAACCUCGGCAUCGGCAUGCCCACCCUUCUCCCGGCCCACCUUCCCGAGGGACGCGCCGUCUGGCUCCAGUCGGAGAACGGUCUUCUCGGCAUUGGCCCUCCUCCCACCCGCGAGCAGGUCGACUCGGAUAUCAUCAACGCCGGAAAGGAGACCAUCACCAUGGCCACUGGGGCGGCGGCCUUUGACUCGGCGGAGUCCUUUGCCAUGAUCCGUGGUGGGCACAUUGACGUUGCCGUUCUGGGUGCUAUGGAGGUUAGCGCCAAGGGCGACCUUGCGAACUGGAUCAUUCCCAAGAAGCUUGUCAAGGGAAUGGGUGGCGCCAUGGACCUUGUCUCAUCGCCUGAUGCAACUCGCGUGAUCAUCGUCACGGACCACUGCAACAAGCACGGCGAGCCCAAGAUUGUCGACACUUGCUCGCUCCCACUCACCGGCGCGCGCUGCGUCUCCAUGAUUGUCACCGAGCUUGCCGUAUUUGAGAUUGACCGCAAGGAGGGCAAGAUGACGCUCACCGAGCUCAUGCCUGGUGCCACCCUUGAUGAGGUGCGCGCCAAGACUGGCGCGUCGUUCGAGGUGUCGCCCGACCUCAAGACGGCCACUCUGGACUAA